UAGUCCUAGGAUGCGAGGCCGGGUCUAGUGUGGGUGUGGCAGUGGCACGUGACGCUGCCCUCCGUCCCACCCAUGGUCAGUGUGGGCAGCCGAGCAGGAAGGGAAGGGAAGGAACCACCGUCGCCCCGGGGCGGGCCCGCCGGUAGACCGCGCAUUUACUGCCACCACCCCUUCCCUCCACGCUUUCCCGUUUCCCCUCUUCCAUUGGCGCCGUCCGUGCCUCUACAGGGCCACGGCGAGCGAGCACCACCAACCGGCCUAUGCGCUGCAACGCCGUGGCAGCGCAGCGCGAGCCAACCCACGCGUCCGCGUCGCCCGCUGUCCCCCAGCCCCCACCAAUCCCCGGGCUCCAGGCUCCAGUGUCCAGCCCGCCGAGGCCCCGAGAACCCCACCACUCCCGAUCCAUCCCUCUCACGGCGCAAAAAGCCACCACGAGCGCGAGCGUACGGGACGAGCCGCGACCGCGGGAGAGAGAGAGAGAGAGGAGGAGGAGGAGGAGGAGUCGGCAGGAAGCAACCGCGAGCCUGGCAGCACGCCGGCGCCGAAAAAUUCGGAACUUUUGGCAUCUUCUUUUUGGGAAAGUUUAGUGUUCGCUUGAGCUUCGGUCGAGGCAGGCGCCUGAUCACCACUUCCGGAAGCUUGCGGAUGGAGCCGUACGCCGCGGCGAAGAGCGGUGGCGGGGGAGGCGGCGGCCCCGACCCUGGCGCCGGCCUCGAAGAGUCGAUGGGGAGGCUGGGGCUCGGCGGUGAGGAUGAGGCGUCGGCAAAGCUGCCGGAGCGGCCGGGGGAGGCGGACUGCUCCUACUACCUCCGCACGGGCGCCUGCGGCUACGGGGAGCGCUGCCGCUACAACCAUCCGCACGAUCGCGCCGCUACGGUUAAUGGAGUUGGAAAGACCACAAGUACGGUGGAGUACCCAGAGCGACCGGGGCGGCCACUCUGUGAGUACUAUGUGAAGAAUGGGACUUGUAAGUUUGGCUCCAAUUGCAAGUAUGAUCAUCCCAGAGAAGGUGGUUUUGCACCUGUGGUACUAAAUAGCACUGGAUACCCUCUACGUCUGGGUGAGAAAGAAUGUUCCUAUUACAUAAAAACUGGGCACUGCAAGUUUGGAGCUACAUGUAAAUUCCAUCACCCAGAACUUGGUGUUGUUUCGGAGACACCUAGCAUGUACCCACCAGUGCAACCAUCAACCAUUUCGUCCCCUCAUCCAUAUCCACAUCUUGCCAAUUGGCAAAUGGGGAGGCCUCCUGUUGUGCCUGGGUCAUUUUUACCAGGCUCGUAUCCACCAAUGAUGUUCCCACCUACAGUUAUGCCAAUGCAGGGUUGGAACCCUUAUAUUUCACCAAUGAACCAAGUUACACCAGCUGGCGGACAGCAUACUGUUCAAACAGGGCCACUGUAUGCGCACCAGGGGCCUACCUCUGUAGUCACUUAUGGCAGUCAUUAUGCACCAUUAUAUUCUUCAGCUGGGCCUUCAAGCAGCAACAAACAGGAAUAUGACUUUCCAGAGCGGCCUGGACAGCCUGAAUGUGAGCAUUACAUGAAGACAGGAACCUGUAAAUUUGGAGCAACAUGUAAAUAUCAUCAUCCUCAAUACUUCAGUGCGCCAAAGUCUAACUGCGUGCUGAGCCCUCUAGGUCUUCCACUUCGGCCUGGUUCUCAACCUUGUGCUUUCUUUGCACAUCACGGCUGUUGCAAAUUUGGGCCGACAUGCAAGUUUGAUCACCCGAUGGGUACACUAAGCUAUAGUCCUUCAGCGUCAUCGCUUACUGAUGUGCCAGUCGCUCCGUAUCCUCUCAGUUUCUCUGUUGCCCCUAUGGCUCCAUCUCCAUCAUAUCCUGAUCUGCGGCCGCAGUACACUGUAACCAAGGAGUCCUCAGUGAACCAGCCAGCGGUGCCUGGAACUACAUAUGGACCUGUUAGAUCGAUAUCAAAGGUUUAUGCUCCACACACGCUUAUCCGAUCUCCAGGCCGAUCUCCAACUUCUACAGCUGCCAGCAUGCAAGCAUCGUAACAAGCCAAAGUGGAGAGCUUUACUCCCCCGUCUGUCAUGAAGAUGGAUCUUUGGCGAGCUUCGCAAGACUUUCUGCCAUAGGUGAAAUGAGGUCUUGGAUUUUAUUUUAUUUUUGCUCCAGUUCGACUCCACAGCAGAUCUGUCGUCUCGUACUAUCUCAUAAUCAGUUCACUUACCAGUUACCCCCCAUCAAUUGUGAAUAAGGCUGCAGCUGACAUAGAGAGGGCAUCCUUCCUUUGCCACCUCAAUAAAUGCAAAGAUAGGAAUUGGCAAGCUCAUUCAUUUGCCAUUUUUCUGCUCAUAUCUGAAAUGAGUGAGGGGAGGCAAUUCCAAAAUUUAAAUUAACCGGCUAUCUUCAUUGUAAUAAGAUUCAGAGCUCCGUUAUUACCUCGUAAAUAAUUAUCGGAGCAGGCCACUAGAUACACCGUUACAGGGGACUCUGAUAUCUCAAAGUUAAUGGGUUUUGCAGCUCUUGCCCAAAUGUUCUGUUUAUCAUAUAUAUUCUCUGGUCAUUCGUAUCAAAAAAUUUGAAUCUGUUGUACUC